UUUCUAGAUAAAACGGCUCCAAUUUUUUUCUAACUGUUCUCCAUCUUCCAACCAAUUUCUUAGCCGUCUGAAAACCCCCAUUCUCUCUCUCCCUUUCAACUCUACGAACCCUAACCCACGAUGAUUGCUACUUGCUGUUCUCGCUCCGACAUUUGAAAUUCUUCCAACAACAUCUUCGAAUCUCUAGAUUUUUCGGUUUGCUUGACGGAGAUUUCACGUUCAUUUUAUUUUUCGCUGAAAGCAGGGUCUACAAGUUCGCGAUAUAUCUAUAUGUCUAUCGAGAUUUAUUCAAUCGGCGAUCGAGGAUUUUCGCUGGCAGGUGUUGGAUUGUCGGAUUGGUUGUUGAAGAUUUGGAUCGGUGGAGUUUUAUCUGAUUUCCUUAUUUUGGCCCCUCUAAACUGAAGGUUGGGGUUUUUUCCUCCUGUUGAUGCGAUCUGCGAAUUCUCAUUGAAAACCUCAGAUUUGCCUCGAGUCGAAGCAAUAUUUCUUGGAUGCGAUGAAUUUCAAGCAGCUAUAGCUGGCAAAAGGACCUUUUUGGCCUUCAUUCUGCAUAGAGCAAAACAAUUGUUGAUUUGUUGGACUCGAAGACUUUGGAAUAAGAAGGAGGCAUCGAAGAGCUCUUCAUUAGUUGGUUUGAUCGAUCCUUCCUGAGUUCUUGAAGAAGAUAGAGGGAAAAAAAUGUUCAACUUUGUACUGUUAUAUUUUUGUUUUGAGUUUAGUUAAAUAUCAGGCCAAUUUUUUUCAGUUGGCCUUUGAUUGCUUAUAAUUUCAUCUAGGGCUUUGUUUGCUGUUUCUUUUUUUUUUUUUUUUUGCAAUUUUUAUAAAAUUUUAGUGACAAAAACCAAUGGCUGUAUAUUACAAGUUUAAGAGUGCAAGAGAUUAUGAUUCAAUCCCAAUGGACGGUCCAUUUGUAUCGGUUGGUACUUUGAAAGAAAAAAUUUUUGAAUCAAAGCACUUGGGCAGGGGUACAGACUUCGACCUUCUGGUCACUAACGCCCAAACUAAUGAAGAAUAUCUUGAUGAAGCAAUGUUAAUCCCAAAAAACACUUCUGUGUUAAUUCGUCGGGUUCCAGGAAGACCUCGCAUGCCCAUUGUUACUGAGCAAGAGCCAAAGAUGGAAACCAAUGUGAAGGAUACCCCAGUGGAGAAGAGUAGUUUUACUGCUGCUGAUUCAUCUGCCAUGAAAUAUACUGAAGACAAUGAAUGGGAUGAGUUUGGGAAUGAUUUAUAUGCAAUUCCUGAAGCACCACUAGUUCAGUCUAGCAAUGCAGUUCUUGAUGCUCCCCCUACAAAUAAGGCUGAUGAAGACAGCAAGAUUAAAGCUUUGAUUGAUACUCCAGCCUUAGAUUGGCAACGUCAAGGUGCUGAUGCAUUUGGCCCUGGUAGAGGUUUUGGAAGGGGUAUGGGUGGAAGAAUGGGUGGGCGUGGCUUUGGUCGAUUAGGGCUAGAGAGGAAAACACCUCCACAGGGCUAUGUAUGUCACAGGUGCAAGGUACCAGGGCACUUCAUUCAGCAUUGUCCUACAAAUGGUGAUCCAAACUAUGAUAUCAAGAGAGUAAAACCUCCUACUGGCAUUCCAAAGUCAAUGCUAAUGGCAACGCCUGAUGGUUCAUAUGCAUUACCUAGUGGUGCAGUUGCUGUUUUGAAGCCUAAUGAGGCCGCUUUUGAGAAAGAAAUUGAGGGCUUACCUUCUACACGGUCUGUUGGAGAUCUUCCACCGGAGCUUCACUGCCCUUUAUGCACGGAAGUCAUGAAAGAUGCUGUACUAACAAGCAAAUGUUGUUUCAAGAGCUUUUGUGAUAAGUGUAUAAGAAAUUAUAUCAUCUCAAAGGUGAAGUGUGUAUGUGGGGCGACAAAUAUUCUUGCUGAUGAUCUUCUUCCAAACAAGACACUUAGGGAUACAAUCAACCGGAUUUUAGAAUCUGGAAACAGUAGUGCUGAAAAUGCAGGAAGUACCUUUCAAGAUAUGGAGUCUGCUCGCAAUCCACAGCCUAAGAUUCCAUCACCCACACAGUCUGCUGCAUCUAAGGAAGAGCAGAAGCCCCCUCCUGGUAACGCAGAAACCCCAAAUCCAAAUAUGAAGGAACAAGUGAAUGAGGAGAAGCCUGUUGUUAUCCUACAACAAGUCCCUGAGAAACCGACUGCUAAAGCACCUGAUGUAUCUGAGGCUACCCUUGAGUCGAUGAGUGUGAAGGAGCCAGCAUCACAAUGUAGUGCUCCACUGGUCGAGGAGGAAGUGCAGCAGAAGCUGGUUCCUGGUGAGGCAGGGAAGAAAAAGAAAAAGAAGAAGGUUCGCAUACCUCCAAAUGAUUUGUGGAAAGCAUCUCAAGAUCUAACAGCUGAAAGUUAUAUGUUGCCUUUUGGACCCUCUCCCUAUAAUCCUUAUUGGGGUGGCAUGCAGCCUGGUAUGGAAGGCUAUAUGAAUCCUUAUGCCAGUCCCAUGCCUGUCAUGGGUUAUGGACUGGGCCCUUUGGAUAUGCCAUUUGGGGGCAUGGUAUCGCCAGACCCUUUUGCUGCACAAGGUUAUAUGAUGCCUGUUAUACCUCCACAGAGGGAUCUUGCAGAAUUUGGAAUGGGUAUGAAUGCUGGACCUCCAGCAAUGAGCAGGGAGGAAUUUGAGGCUCGAAAAGCUGAUUUGAGGAGGCGGCGUGAAAAUGAGAGGCGAGCUGAAAGUUUAAUUUCGAUCUGCAUCAGGGAGUUUCCUAGAGAUCGAGAAUUUGGUAGGGAAGUGAGCAGCGGUGGUGAUGUUUCUUCAAUGAAAUCUAAGUCUAUUCCGCAGUCAUCAAGCGGUGAUCCUCAUCCUCACCACCGCCGUCUACCUGAGAGGUCCUCGCCUGAACGCUCAGCCCGCGAUCUUGAACCUCCACCACCACUGCCUCCGCGCCCUUCCAAAAGAAAAUCCGACCACGAGAGAAGCGAACGUGAUAGAGAUCGCGAUCACGAUUACCACGACUACGAUCAUGACCGAGAACGAGACAGAGGUGAACGCGAUCAUCAGCAUCGCCACCACCGUUCUGAACUCCCUGCAAAAGCUUCAUCUGAAACGACUGCUAAACCAGCUUCAUCCGCAAUAGCAGACCGUAAACAGAAAGUAAGCGUUUUCUCUCGCAUUAGCUUUCCGGAAGAAGAGCUCGCCAAAAAGAAGCGCAAGCUCUCUUCCUCAAGGGAAGCUCCUGUGGCCGUAGCUGGUGGUUCCUCUGCAUCUUCUGGUCAUCACAAAUCUUCAUCCACAGCUAAUGGAUAUUAUGAUGACUAUAACUCUUCGUCUGUAAAGGCCACAUCUGUGUCAGCUAGCGGUGGAGGCAAGAAGAGCAAUAGCAGUGCUGCCAUGGAUUACGAGUCGAGUGAUGAUGAAAGGCAUUUCAAGAGGAAGCCAUCGAGGUACGAGGCCUCGCCCCCACCACCAGCAGAGUGGGAAGAGGAUGCCAAGCAUUCAAGAGGGUCAAGAGAAAGGGACCGGGAACGCAAGCAUAGGUAGGCAUUUUGUGGAAGCUGCGCGCAGUGUGGUGCUACUUGAUGGAUAGAGCAAGGUGUCUCCAACUCCAAGUGAGAGGCUAUUGCUGGUGCCACUUUGUGAAAGGGUAUAGGUGGCGAGUAAUUGUUGUAAUUGAAAUGCGCCAGAUGAUUCCUAAACCCUAUGCCUUAGAAUAACGUUUCAAUUUCAAAAAUGGAGUACGUUCCCAUUUGAAUA